GAUUCCUCGGGGCGGGGCCGCCGCCGCCGGCCGGCCGACGUACGGCGCGUGGCCCCGCCCCUAUAUAAGGGGCGGCCCCGGGCGUAGCGCUGGGAGCGCGGUCGCCGUCGGAGCUGUAGCCCUUCUGUGGAGCCGGCGCCAUGGCAGACCAGUCUUUUGUGACUCUAGCCACAAAUGACUCCUAUGUGAAAGGAGCGCUGGUACUUGGUUCAUCCUUGCAACAGUACAGAACAACAAGGAAGCUGACUGCACUCAUAACUCCUCAGGUCUCAGAUCCUAUGAGGAGAGUGCUGGAAAAAGUUUUUGAUGAAGUCAUAUUGGUAAAUGUCUUGGAUAGUGGGGAUUCAGCACACUUGGCGUUAAUGAAAAGACCUGAGCUGGGUGUCACAUUAACAAAGCUUCACUGCUGGGAACUGACACAGUUCUCAAAAUGCGUUUUCAUGGAUGCAGACACAAUGGUUUUGUCAAAUAUUGAUGAGCUUUUUGAAAGAGAAGAGCUUUCUGCAGCACCAGAUCCAGGUUGGCCUGACUGUUUUAAUUCUGGAGUUUUUGUUUACCGACCUUCCAUUGAAACAUACAAUCAGCUGUUACAGUUUGCCACAGAGAACGGCAGCUUUGAUGGUGCAGAUCAGGGGUUAUUAAACACCUUUUUCAGCAGCUGGGCAACAACAGACAUGAGCAAGCAUCUACCAUUUAUUUAUAAUUUGAGCAGCACUUCUGUAUAUUCCUACCUUCCAGCAUUUAAAGCGUUUGGUGCAAAUACUAAAGUGGUGCAUUUUCUGGGAAGCAUAAAACCAUGGAAUUACACAUAUGACUCCAAAACAAAAAGCAUAAAAGGCAACAUGGAUGACCCUAAAAUAGUUCACCCAGAAUUCCUCAACAUGUGGUGGGACAUCUACACAGCUGAUGUUUUACCACUACUAGAACAGCAUGGAAUUGUUAAAGAAAGUAUUACAGGUGUAAGCAUGCUAUCGGGCUUGGCCUAUACUCUGGCUUUCUCUUGUGGCUUCUGUAGAGAGGCAGAGGUUACAGAGGCAGUGUCCCACAUAUCACUAUCAGCAUCAUCACCAGUAUUACCAACCGUAUCUUCAGAAGAACGCAAGGAACGGUGGGAACAGGGCCAAGCUGACUAUUUGGGAGUGGAUUCCUUUGACAACAUCAAGAAGAAACUUGAUACCUACCUUCAGUAGAAAUGCCUGUCUCAAACAGUGGUGAUGCAAGGACUUGUUCCAGAACUAACAGCUAGAAAGGUGUAGAUGGUGGUCAGUUACACUUGCUAGUAGCUUGAUGAAAAACUUCUUGGCUGAAGGCCUCUGCAGUGCUACAGAUGAAGAAUGAGCAAAAGCUAGGAAGCAGAAUUCCUUGGGCCACCUAUAACUGCCCAAUUUCCAAUUCUCCCUACUAGAUAAAACCAGGUAUUUUCAGCUUAAAUUUUCUUCUGUUGUGAUCAAUUGGCUCAACAUAUUCCUUGAAACUGGGUUUGUUACCUCACCUCAUUAAGGUGGUUAGCAGUGAUUCCUUUGCUUGCUGUUUUAGAAGUAAAAUCUUAUUCAUGGGAUUGCUCAUACACUAGAGUGGUAGCCAUUCUGCUUUACCAAAAAUGUAUUAAUGACACUGGGAUACAUACAGAUGUAACAGUAAUAGCACUGCUUUGCUCUUCCAGUCACAAUUGCACUGAAGUUUUGACCAGGUUCUUACGCACAGUGCCUACAGCAUGGCAGAAUGCAUUUUUCAGUUCUGUACACUAUGGGACUAGUAAACUGAGUUUUAUCUGUUACUUGCAAUGUUUCACUUGAUACAAAAAUAAAAAGUUGUCAUGCAUUUCUGGCUUCCCUAAACUCUUGAGCAAUUAAAAAAAAAAAAGGGAGCUCUGAAGCAGUCCAACUAAAAUAUUCAACAGAUAUAACCCUUGAGCUUUGCUAGGGCUACUCCAGCUAUCAUUAGCAAGUGUCCAGCUUUUAGCUCUGUAAUUAUUUACAGAGUAUACAGUCAUUUGCAAGGGAGCUGUUUAGAGCCAAUCCCUUUAUUAGCUUGCCCUCAGCCUAGGACAGAGCAGUGGAGGAAGCACCUGCUGAGGCUACUCACAUAAGCAGCACAGAGGGAUUCUUGCAGUGACUAAAGAAACUCAUCCCUAACGUAGCCCUGUGUGCUGUGAACUUGUUUUUAAACACAAUGAUGAUGCUAUUAGUUUCACAAAGAAAGACUAAGUAGCUGCUCAAGUAACUAGCUACUGUGAUUAGGAAAACUACUCUUUCCAUCUGCAGACAGUAAAAGAAAGUGGUUUUUUUUGCCACAGUCAGGCUACACGUUGUAUUCUCAGCAGUAACAAUACCACAAUAACAAAAGCAUGCUGAAGACAGAUGGAGAUUAGCUGUUCUCCGUACUAAGUUUCAGCUCUGUCCUGUAGCCAGAAGUCUAAACAGAACCACAUUACUUAGUGUUCUGUCUUUGACAGCUGUACUCUGUACUAGUCCAGAACCACUAAGAAAAUAUUUUUUCAUUAUUUCCUGAUAAAGGAGGAUUUUGGCACCAAGCUAGUGAGGGUGCUAAACUUUUAGCCUAGAGAUAAAAUAAACAAUCAACAAGCUCUCACCCUUUGCUGGUAAAGCAGAAGACAUAAUCUGGGUAUAUGAGUUAGUUUGUUUCAACUUGUUUUCACUACUUAAUUGCUCUAAAAUUCCUUGAUCACCAUUUAGCAAAAAAUCUAAAGAUUAGGUCCAAACCAAAGUAGCUGGUAGCCAUUUAGAAGUACAUAGCAGCUGAACUCCCAGUUGUAACUAACCCUUUCCUGUGUGGGUUUUUCUUUUGCUGUGUUGUGGUUUUUUAACAGGUAAAUUUGAAGUUGUGUGAAAGCAGGAGGGAUUACUGGUUACAAUCUGUAGUGACAAAAGUAUACUUUAUCCAACAAGUACAAAUAUUGGAGUUCUGCAUGCUCACAAAAUACUCUAUGGAAAAAGGUAAAAUACUCUUUUGAAGACAGCAAAACAGUCUUACUUUUGCUCCCCUUGUCUGUAUUCAUAGUAGAGAAUAGGCACUUUACCUCUUUUUAAGCUUAAUUGGAGAGAACUGAAAGUGUAAAAGCAUGAGACUAUACCAACGUGAAAAUCUGGUUUAACACGUAAGUUUUGUUACAUUAAUAGAAGAAGAUAAGGAGAGAUGCUGAAUAAGAUGACAACCUGCAUGUUUUGGGUUAGCAAAUAUAGUUAGUAAAGAAAGAAAACCUAUGAAACCAUUCUGUCCUAGCCUCUGUGACUCAUACUAUGAUCAAGUGUUUACCCACAGCCUCAGGAAAGCGAAAGGUAUGACAUCUAUACCAAACUCUAUACAGCAUAUUUUCAAUAAAAUGACCUUUAUGUCAUUAUCUGCAACUAUUUCCUCUGUAACUACUGCAGGCAGCACUUGCAGAAAAGCAGAGAUCCCUUUUCAUCCCUUGUAAUAUUAUCACUUGAUACAUCAAACAAUUUUCUGCUCCAAAAUGUAGUUACUCAAAGCAGUAACACUAUACUCAGAACACAACUCAAAAGAAUCACAGCCCUGCUUAGAUUGCGACUCAAGUAUUGGAAUUCCAUUUUAAAAAGCAUAUAAUCUAAUCUAAGGUGUUCCUUAGAUGGUGACAACUCAGAGCAACUCUUAAAAGUUUUAGAAGCAUUUUGUUUUCAUUUACAUCUGUGUUUUAUGUAGGGGGUAAAAAAAUAACACAGAAUGGUAGAGUCUUUGGAAUUAAAAAUGUUAAGUUUGUAAUUACAAACUUUAAUUUCUAGAACAUGCCACAGAAUAUACCAAAUAGCCAAAGACUAUUUACAGAUCAUGAAAAGCAAAAAUAAACCCCAAACAACCAGAACACCAUGGUUUUUAACAACCCGUGUUAACUGAACAGCUCCAUCAAAUCAGACAGGACUUUUCUCCUCUCAGCUUUGACCUUUAACUGUUCUCUUGGAUACAUUAAUGGCUUUCUUGGGAGAGACCUUAACUAGCCAUACAGCUUAGUACUAACUCCAGUAAGUUUUUAUUUGGCUUUGGAACAUGGAAACCAUCAUCUAGUAGAGGAAAAAUGAUAUUAGUAAUUGUUUUCAUAAUCAUAACUCAGCCAC